AUGAACCUAAGCUUCUUCGACCAAUUCUCAAGCCCAUCCUUUCUAGGAAUCCCACUAAUCCUUAUUUCUAUAACAUUCCCAGCCCUUCUCCUACCAUCCCUUGACAACCGAUGAAUCACUAACCGGCUAUCGACCCUUCAACUUUGAUUCAUCAAUCUAGUUACAAAACAACUAAUAAUACCCUUAGACAAAAAAGGGCACAAAUGAGCCCUAAUCUUAACAUCCCUUAUAAUCUUCCUCCUCCUCAUUAACCUCCUAGGACUACUACCAUAUACAUUCACCCCAACCACCCAACUGUCUAUAAACUUGGCCCUAGCCUUCCCCCUAUGACUAGCCACACUCCUGACAGGACUGCGAAACCAACCUUCUGCCUCACUAGGCCAUCUCCUGCCAGAAGGCACACCCACCCCACUAAUCCCAGCCCUAAUUUUGAUCGAAACAACAAGCCUUCUCAUCCGCCCAUUAGCACUAGGCGUGCGCUUAACAGCCAACCUGACAGCAGGUCACCUCCUCAUUCAGCUCAUCUCCACAGCCACAACAGCCCUAUUCUCCACAAUACCAGUAGUCUCACUCCUAACCUUCGUAGUCCUCUUCCUAUUAACAAUUCUAGAAGUAGCAGUAGCAAUAAUCCAGGCCUACGUCUUCGUCCUCCUACUAAGCCUUUACCUCCAAGAAAACAUCUAA